AUGAUAGUAGAAAAAGUUUCAAUAUAUCAACUAUUAGACAAUGAUGAUCCUGUAGAAAUCCAGUCAAAUAAUAAUUCUAUGCUAGAGGAUAGCAUCAAGCAGUUAAUUUUGCAAAAUAUUAAUCCGAAAAAUGUGGAUUUUGCAACAGAGAAGAUAUUCACAUUUAUUAUUGAUCAAACUUACUAUCAUUUCUAUCAUUUUAUCCAAAACAAUCUAUAUUACGCUUUACUAAUUAUUACAAAAUUAGAUUUGACCAAACUAUUUUAUGAUUUUUUCUUAAGUGUUGAUCGAGAUAUGUGCGAAAAACUCAAGGGUUUACCAAUUAAAUCAAUAUUCACAUACAUUAAUUCGUUAAUAAGUUUUUGGAGUUAUUAUGACGAAAAAACUAUGCAUAUUAUAUACUCUGAUAAAGAGUUCGAUCAAAAUAUUGAAUUUUCAUCAGCAAAUACAUUCUAUUUCGAUCCUAUUACUACAAUUCCAGCAGAAACAGAUUAUAAAGAGCUCUGGAGCAAUAUUUUAUCUGAAGUUCCUGUAUAUGUAGAAUGCGAAGACCCAUAUUUGCUCUCAAAAGCUGUUAAUUGCCUUCAAUUUUUUACACUUCCAAGAAAAUAUAAAGGAAAACUAACAAUUCGGUAUAACACAGACGAGUCAAACUUAGGGAAAGACCAAGAUGCAAAUAUUAUUGGUCUCACUCAAAUUUCAAAUUAUGAAAAUAAAUACGUUUUAAAAAUCAAAAAAUCUGCUCCAUCAAGUUAUGAAAUGCUUAAAUGGGUGGAUUGUAACAAGAAGAUGAAUGAAUUAAUCGAUAAAAUCAUUCUUAUUAACUUAAUCAAAAAUCCUUUCUAUGAAUUACUUGGAGGAAAUCCAUUAAAUGAAAACUUUGAUGAAUUUGUAUCAGAAGAAUCAGCCUUAUUACUUCCUUCAUAUAAAGUACUCAAAAAAUUCUGA